GUAUGGUCGCGAAGAGGAUGGGACUUCUCACCGCCGCCCCGGCCCACGCCAGCCCUCCUGGGCGGGGGGUUGGACGAGGACGCCCAUUGGGCGGCCGCGGCCGGUAUGCAGCAUUCGCUGGUUGGCUGGCCACAGCUGGAGCCCGGCCUGGAGGCGGUCAUCCGGUUUCGUCGGGAGUGGCGCCACGACCUCUCCCGCAUUCGCGCCGAGGUGUUCCAGGAGUUACAGGAGAUGGUCGACGAGGCCGCGGAGGACACGACCGCCUGGCUGGCCACCCUGCCCCCGCACGUGCGGGCGACCUACGAGACGAGUGAUCGGCCUCGCCCUUUUCAGGGGCUUAUCUUUGACCGCCUGCUGCGGGGCCUCGGGUACCCGGCCACAGACGACCUCCGCCAGGAUGUGGCCGAAGGCUUCGACAUGUUGGGCCGAGUCCGCGCCUCCCCGGGAUGGAAGCCACGAGCUGAUGGGCGCUAUGCUCACCCCGAAGGGCUGGAGAGACUGCGCCGGGAGAACCCCCAGUAUGAUCGGGAGGAUCCGAAGGAGAAGGUUUUCGGAACCAUCUUCCAAGCGAUGAGGCGAAAUCACUUGGUCAUCGGCUGGAACUACUUUCACCUGAAACUCACACGGGUUCGCAGGGCAGGGAUCUUCGUCGUGGCGAUUUUCGCGACAGAGGCCAUGAAACAGUAG